AUGACUUCUUUCGGAAAAUAUGUUAGUAAUUUUGUCAAAACAGCUGUUUCGUCUAUUUCUCCUAAUAAAGUAACACCUUACACUUUAAGCCAAUACGAAUCUGAAUACGAAAAUUGUGAACAAUUACUACAACAAAAGUCAAUUUAUUAUUUCUACAAAGUGGCAAAUCAUUUUGAUAUGGUUUACUUACCUGGAUCAGUUGGCAUUCCAGUCAAUGGAGAGACUGUUUAUGCUUACAGUUUAUUUAGAUUUCAAGGCGAACAAGAAGCAGGCGUCGCUGUAUUUUUAAGAUACAUAGAAGUUUUGGAUCCUCUGCAUUUAGCCUGUAUGAACAUGAGCUUAUCCAUUGAUCGCACAUAUUUGGAGAAAAUAACUGCACACUGUCGAAACCAAUGUGGCUGGUCAGCUGCUCAUGUAGCUGCAGCAAUGUCUUGGCGUGAGGUUUUCUUAAGCGAGUCAGUAAACGGUCUUUUAAAUGAAUAUGAUCCUCUUUCUGGUCUAACUCCACUACGAGUCGCAAUCAAAGAGAAUGAUGAAGAGACAGUUCAGUCUUUAGUAACUAUGGAUAAUAUCAAGGCAACUGAAAAAGAUGAGGAUGGUAAUACUGUUCUCCAUUUGGUUUUGGGAGAUACUUCGGCGAAAAUUUUAUCUCUUCUUCUUGAUAAUCUUCAAAGCUUAGAUGUGAAUGCUUUGAAUAACAAAGGUGAAUCUCCUUUACAUAUUGCCUGUCGUAAUAAUUCUAUGGAAUGCAUUGAAAAACUGCUUAAAGCUGGUGGUAAUCCUAUGAUUGGUGAAUUUGAAUCAUUUCCUAUUCAUAUUGCUGUCAAUAAUGAUUCACUUGAAUGUGUUAAUCUACUUUACACCUAUUGUCCUAAUUGUAUCAAUCUACCAGAUUUAAUAAAUCAUAAUACUCCAAUUCAUUUGGUGCAUAAUCCGAAAAUCUUUGAAAGACUGUGUGAACUUGGAGCUAAUUUAGAUGCACGCAAUGAUUUAGGAUUGACUAUUUUACAUAUGAAAGUACGCGAUAAUAAUUUCGAAGAUGUUUUGGCCUUAUUAGUUCGUGGUGCUGAUCCAAAUUUACGUAAUGCUAGUGGAGCAACUCCUUUACAUUAUGCCAUGACUUAUAAUGCAUCGAUUCAUAUUAUUCGUGCAUUAUUGGCAUUUGAAGCGGAUCCUCAUGCUCUAAACAGUAAUCAGCACAGUUGUCGACAUUUAUUAUGUUGUAAUGCUGAGAGUUAUGUACCUUCACCUGAUCGAGACUUAGCCCUGUACACUUUGGAUGCAUUAGGUAUCAGUCGAUGUCCUCCUGGGACUGUGGAUUGUACAGAAGGUUGUAUGGACCUAGAAUGUGCUGAAAAACGUAAUCUAUCUGUAUUUAAUGGUACACCUCCAGAAGUAGUUCCUCAUUUAGCAGAUAUCACACGUGAAUCAAUUGAAGAAAUUCUCUUAUGCACUACUUCAGUUGAUUAUAACCCUUCACUUCAAACAAGUCAAAUGACUCAAUCUCAAACAAUGUUGAAUAAUGACUUAUCAAAUGGUAUGAUUCCACGUUCAUACAAUUCUCAUUCAGAAAACCAUGAUGUAAAUCAGAGUAAUAUUAAACAGCGACAUUCACAACAAUUUUCACAUACUCCAAAGUCGCAUCGACGAAUGGUAUCUUUACCAAAUGAUAAUAGUGUACAGUUAGUCAGUCAAUCCCUGUCUAACGGUAGUGUACACCUGGCAUCUUUUAGUGUUCCCUCUGACUCAGAAACUGAACUCACAUCGAAUUCACAUUCAACUGAACAAUUGGGUCAUACUAAAUUUACUAAUGUAACAAAUAAUUCACAACAAUCCUCUGACAAUACAAAUCCCAGGAAAGUACAUUUACCAGUAGAGGCAACAUGUAAUUUCAGGCCUACAAAAUGUAAUUGUGAUCCUUCAGUGUUCACUAAACGUAAUGGAAUACCUAUGGAUUCAGGCACACCAUCAAUAAUAACAACAACAAAUUGUGCUACUGCUAGUACUUUUGACACUAUUCCUACAAACACUGAUAUUGCUGAUAUAUCUAGAAAUAAGGGGGAUGAUUUGGACAAAUUCACCAAUCAUAAUCAACUAUCUGACUUAAAUACAUAUGAUGAUGAUCAUAAUCAUUGUAAUUUUACCGGUAAUCAACAUGGUCUUAAGAAAUCCAAAAAAUGGAAAGUUGGACCUAAUGGCCUCCGUGUUCUAUCACUUGAUGGUGGUGGUAUGCGUGGAUUAGUUAUCGUACAAUUACUUCGUGCUUUAGAAAUAGCAUCUGGAAAGAAAAUUACAGAAUUAUUUGAUUGGAUCAUUGGUACUUCAACUGGUGCAGCGAUAUCACUAUUUCUAGUAUCUGGCAAAUGUUUACAUUGUUGUCGUACAUUAUUAUUUCGAUUCAAAAAUCUUGUCUUCUGUGGUAAACGACCAUAUCCACCGGAACCAUUAGAAAUGUUAAUGCGUGAUGAAUUCGGUGAUAAUACUGUAAUGACUGAUUUAAAAACAGUCAGAGUUGCUGUAACUACACUUGUCAGUGAUCGAUGUCCACCAAUAUUGCAUAUGUUCAGAAAUUAUAAAUCUCCCCGUACUCGAAUACAACAAAUUUUAGAAACACGUCAAUCUGGAUUAAAGUCUUCUGUGUAUCAACGAACAAACAGAAGAAACAGCGGAUUAACUCAUCGUCAGUCUACUUCCGCCCUUGAGCUUGAUCGUGAAACUCAAUCUACAAAAUCAUCAACACUUUCAACUUCUCAAUCUAUUUUAAAUUUUUUCUCAAAUGCUCAGGGAUUGUUAAUAGGUAGUGAAACAAGUACCAACCUUUCAACAUCUGACACUGAAUUAAAUAAUCCGUUUGAACAAAUGCCUGAAGAUAAUGAACAUCCAAUUUGGAAAGCUGCUAGGGCUUCAAGUGCUGCACCGACAUAUUUUAGACCUUGUGGGCGAUUUUUGGAUGGUGGAUUAAUUUCAAAUAAUCCAACACUAGAUAUUUUAACAGAAAUUCAAGAAUUACAACUUUUACAACGUUUAAAAAAUAAACCUAUAACUCCUAUAGCAGUGGUUGUUUCUCUUGGGACUGGACGGUUGCCUGUAAUGCCUGUAGAGACAGUGGAUGUAUUUCGUCCACAAAAUAUUAUGGAAACAUAUCGAUCUGUACGUGGUUUCGGAUUUCUUGGUCGUAUUCUGGUUGAAAUUGCAACUAUGUCAGAUGGUCGAGUUGUUGAUCGUGCUAGUGCAUGGUGUGGUUCACUUGCAGUACCAUUCUUUCGAUUAAAUCCUCCAUUAUCAACUGAUAUUAGUCUUGAUUCUACUGAUAGUAAAGAACUUUUACUAAUGAUUGUUGAAACUCAAACUUAUUUACGUCGAGUUCACGAACGGAUUGAACUGUUAGCUUCAUUGUUGCAAUAGGAUAUAUUUUUAUGUAGAAAUUCACUUGUUUUACAGGUUAUUUUGUGAGAUAUUUAUAUGAUGAUUCGUUGAUUAUAACCAUUAUUAUCAAAUAAUUUACUAUUGUUCAGCAUACAUACUUCCGUCAAAGUUUACGGAAAAAUAAGAUUCCCUGCUAAAAGUUAUUGUUCCAAUUUUUGUUCAUCAAUUCUUGACCUUUGUUUUCUAAUCAUUUACAAAGCUUUCGGAAUUUCUUUUUAUAUCUUUUAUUCAUCGUACAGAAUUGAUUUUAUUUAUACUUUGAGUAAUAACAUUUUAAUAUCUUAUUUUGUGAAACAAUUUACGUGAUAAUCAGUAUGCAUACAUAUAGACAUACUGCUUCAAACUUUUCCCCAUCAGCUUAUCUAUUUUUUUAAAAAAAUUUCGAUUCCGAUUCUCAAUGUGUUAAGAUCAUCAAUUGAUACAUUCGAAAAGAAAAUCACUUUUUGAUGGGAGAG